CGAGCGCGGCCCUUUAAGGGAAAGGAGGUGUGCGCAUGCGCAGCCGUCGCGGCUCGGCGUUGUUUCCUCCUCUUCCUCCGCCGUGCAGGUAGGGUGUGUGACGUCAGCCAUUGACAGGUGAAGCGAUCACCGCCGCCCACUGAGGAAAAUCGGGCGGAAAGAUGGCUGCAGCUGGGCGGCUGGGACCAGGACCAGGAGGUGCAAAGCGGGCCUCCCCCCUCGUGGCGUUCUACAUCUCUGCCUCUUUCCUCAUUCGUGGCGUACAGACUGUACCGGAGCCCGGUCUCUGGAGCCGGACGGUGGGGCCGAACCAUAAGCCACUGGUGUUUACAAAAACAAUGUUUAACAAAACAAAUAUUGUACUUGAAGUUGUCUCAUUCAAAUGUCCUGAGAAUGUAUCAUUAACAGUUGAGUGGUACCUCCGGUAUUCCCCUUGUCACAAUGAAUUAAAUAACAUUAAAGACACAUAUGACUCAAGAUAUUUUGGCAGUGGUAUUCGUAAUAAUCUUGAACUUCACCCAUUAAGUGAAGGGCAAUACAUUGCACACAAGACUGAAAAUAUUGUCUGCAAUGACAAAAUUCAGGUCUUCCCAAAAUUUAAUAUGAGCCACGAUCUUCCAAAAUCAGUGGUGGUACAGACACCGAAUAUAAAGAAUGGAAGCAGCUCUGAUGUCAAGAUCACUGACCAUGUUCAUGCAUCUGAAGAUAAGACUCUUCGUUUGUUAUGGAAAAGAGACAUCACAACUAAAAAGCAUGAUGUUAUAGCACAGACCUGGAGAGAUGGUCCAUAUCUUUUUAUUGUCUCAAUCAAAUCUCUUGGUGAAAGAAUUGAAAGCAAGUGGAAUUUAACAGUGCGAGUGUUAAUGCAAGGUUCCCAUGGAUAUAUCUCAGCAACUGAAUUUCCACUUAUGGUUUUUUAUAUGGUGAUGUGCAUCCUAUACAUAAUUUAUGGCAUCCUGUGGUUGUUCUGGUCUGCAUGUUACUGGAAAGACCUAUUGAGAAUCCAGUUCUGGAUAGCUGGAGUUAUUUUUCUUGGGAUGUUGGAAAAAGCUGUUUUCUAUGCAGAAUACCAGAAUACUAAUACUCGUGGGAUAUCUGUGCAGGGUCUUCUAAUCUUUGCAGAGCUUAUUUCUGCAGUGAAAAGGACAUUGGCUCGGCUCCUUGUGAUAAUUGUAAGCUUGGGAUAUGGAAUAGUUAAACCUCGAUUGGGCACAGUAAUGCACAGAGUAAUUGGUUUGGGAGCACUCUACCUGGUUUUUGCAUCUGUCGAAGGAGUCUUGAGAAUUACAGGGGAUCGAAGAAGUGUGCCAGUUUUGGUGGCUGACAUAGCUUUAGCAUUAAUUGACUCCUGUUUUGUGUGGUUCAUAUUUGUCAGCCUCGCUCAAACAAUUAAGACACUGAAAUUAAGGAAAAAUACAGUGAAGCUGUCACUAUACAGACAUUUUACCAAUACAUUAAUUUUGGCAAUUAUAGCAUCAGUUGGGUUUAUGGUAUGGACAACGAAAAAGUUCAGAUUAGCAGCAUGUCAGUCAGAUUGGAUGGAACUGUGGGUUGAUGAUGCUUUCUGGAGAUUCCUUUUCUCUGUCAUUCUCCUGGUCAUAAUGUUCCUUUGGAGACCAUCUGCAAAUAAUCAGAGGUACGCAUUUACACCGCUUAUUGAUGACCCAGAUGACGAAAUGAAUGAACUGGUUGGAACAAACUUUGCUGAUGGAAUAAAGGUUAGAAUGUCCAAAGUGGGGAUUAAUGGUACAGCAAAACCAGGUUCAAAUAUGGAUGAAGAUUUAAAGUGGGUGGAAGAGAACAUACCUUCUGUUACAGAUGUUGCACUCCCGAUGUUGCUGGAUUCAGAUGAAGAAAUAAUGACAACCAAAUAUGAAAUGUCAAAGAUGGAAUGAAGUUUUGUGCAAUGUGAACCUGUGUUUUACUGUGAAAUUCAUUUUUGAAGCUGUGACUUCUGCAAUAUGUGGGGUCCAAGGACGAAUAAAGAAAUGUUGCAGAUGGCUUGAGCUGUUAAACAGGCUACCACAGAUGAACUAGUAUGUUUGUUUACUUUGUGUGCAAUUUCACAUUCAAAUUUUAUUUUUACUUUCAUAUUUGAAGUAAAAAAAAUAAAAGUCCAUGUAGCAGAAAAUCUUAACUCUGCGCUACAAACAGACUUUGCUACAAAUCCCCUUCAAAUUAGUAUGAGAACUCAAUUUUCCAUAAUUCCUCAUUUCCCCUUACCUCUUGAAAUGAAAUGCUCCCCUGUGGGUUGAUGCUGAUUUAGAACUUUUUCCUUAAGACAUUAUUCCAUUAAGUUAGCCUACAUAAAUUGCAAGAAGUAUCUUGAAAUAUUCUAUUGACAGUUACUUAGUCUUAAUUUCACACCCACCUCUGAAGCUGGUGGCGGUUUCUGGUAGCAUUUACCCACAGCAUACCACACAAAAAUCACUUAUACAUGCAGUUGUCUUUCAUUUUGAAUAUGGAUAUAUGGAUGAAUAUUGCUGUAAGGACAUCGGUAAAUAUUUUCUGUAAAUAAAAACAGCUGUGACCAUGCUAGAAGAAAAAUGGAUGUUAGGAAGCACCUGCAAAGCCAUAUUCUACAUAAUCUCAAUUGUACUUUCUUUUUAAAUAAUGAAAAUAAUUGAUUUUGUAAAUGUCUGAACUAAUGAAGCAGAUCUAACUAAGUGGACUUGUAAAAUGUAAAUUGACAUUGCUCAAACAUUAUUGUAAUACUGAAUUCGUCAGUCAUCUGUUAGUAACAAAACGAGUAGCCAGCUGAUUUCUGAGGCCUUCAAUCUUUGCUGUUGCUGAAGUAACAACACUUGCUUCUGUCAAAGUUUGCUGUUUUGGUGGAGUCAAAGCUAAACAAUUCAAACAUAUUUUAAAUUUAUUUUCUUCCUACCCAACAAAGCAUUGUCUUGCUUAGAUAGGUACAAUGCUGUUUUUUUUUAAGGUCCUCAAUCCAGCUGGGUUCCUGAUCAAUGAAGAGGUAUAAAACUGAUAUCCCAGGAGUGCUGGUGAUUCUUUUGCUCCAGUUCUGACUCCUCUCAUUUUAUCUCCCUUUUUUCUUAACAAGCACUGCAGCUGAGAUCAAUAGUUUGCUAGGUGGACAAUUGCAAACCUGACCUCCCACUAUGCUACAGCACAAUGUCGUACCAUCAAGAUAUUGCUGAUAACAAUUUCGUUAAUGGAUUUUAUUUACUUUUUAAUUGUCUGCGUUUUGCCCAAUGAUUGCUGCAGUCCUUGUCUGUUUUAAAACUGUGCCCUGUGGAAGAAUUACCAGUAUUCAACUUCAAGGCACAAUUCUAUUUUUGCAUCGAUUUAAUUGUGGUAAUAGGAGUACCAUUUUAAAUAGCCUCUGGAGGGUAUUACCGAAGGUCUUUAAAAUGGGAAAUUAUUUUGGAUAAUUCUGCAAUAUAUUUUUGUCAAACCACUAAAUAUGCAAAUAAAUGGUGACAUUAAUAGCAAUCUAUGAAUAUUGUAAAUGAAGUAAAACAUUUGUUGGAAUUUUGAAAUAAAAGCAAGAGAUUCAAACAAACAAAUAGAAAAUGCUGAUAAUAUUCAGCACAUCCAGAAAUGUCUGGAGAGAAACAAAAAUGAUGGGGGCAGGGCGGGGGUGGUGGUGAUUGUAUUUGGUGACUUAACACACCACUUCUACUGGCACAAUAACUUGCCAUGUUAAAAGCUGACAGGUGAGUUUUUGACGUAUUUCAGGCUUUCACAGUGGCGUUUUGGGUCACUAGAAGCUGCUGAACUAACAUCUGCAGUCAAGGUCCACCCCUCUGGUAAUCUAGCAGCAGAAAAGUAAGACUUUCUUUCUUAUGGAGAGGAUGGUCUCCGAGCUACGCUGUUGCAUACCAGGAUUAGUGCAUUGGAGGCCUCCAUAUGGCAGGCAGGUCGCUACGUUUUUCACCUGCUGGGGAAUCAGGUCGUCAAGCAGUUGGUGAGUUGGGGUCUUUAAGUGGCUAUUAACUGACAAGGGUCUUAAUUGCUCCCCAGUUGACCUCCUCACCCAGCACCUAAGUUUGAAUUCUGAAAUGUUAACUUCUCCUCUCUGACUUCAGAUGUUGACAGACUUGCUGAGUAUUUCCACCGUUGUUUUUGUUAUAAGUGCUGUGUUUUUUAAAGUUAGGUUUUAGGUGAUCGCACUUUGGUAGUUGCAAGCCUUCCACAAAGAAGAGUUUUCUUUUGUUAAGGGAAAUAUGCACUUCCACUGCUUUCUCUUAAUAGUCUUAACUUGUUUAAGAUCAAAUUGCAUUUACAAAUUCUCUGUUUCUACUGACUGCAGUCUAACGUGGUGGAUCACAAUUCCAUGAGAGCAAUAACCUGUAAAAUCAUGGUUUGACUCUGUAUCUUUUAAAUAUCACUCUCUCUGAAGAGAUGUCGAAAAAGUUUAGUUUUUUUUAAAAACUUCAUUAAACAUAAUACAAGAGUA